AAUGUCCCCCCAGAUCUCUCCAUCUGUACCUUCGUGCUGGAACAGUCCCUCUCUGUUCGGGCCCUGCAGGAGAUGCUGGCUAACACCGUGGAGAAGUCAGAAGGGAAAUUCAUGAUGAAGACAGCUCAAGGCGGUGGUCAUCGAACACUCCUCUAUGGGCAUGCCAUCUUGCUGCGUCAUUCCUACAGUGGCAUGGUGAGAUGUGUUUUGUCUACUGUGCCAUCUAGCACUAGGCGCUUCUGUUUUUCGUGUUUCAAUCUGUCUGUAGGUGAGGCUUGCUGGUGGACCAUCCAUCCUGCCUCCAAGCAGAGAUCAGAAGGAGAAAAGGUGCGGGUGGGAGAUGACCUCAUCUUAGUUAGUGUGUCCUCCGAAAGGUACUUGCACUUGUCUUACGGCAACGACAGCUUGCAUGUGGACGCCGCCUUCCAGCAGACCCUCUGGAGCGUGGCCCCCAUUAGCUCGGGGAGUGAAGCAGCCCAAGGGUAUCUGAUUGGUGGUGACGUCCUGAGGUUGCUGCAUGGACACAUGGACGAAUGUCUCACUGUCCCUUCAGGAGAACACGGUGAACAGCAGCGGAGAACUGUUCAUUAUGAAGGCGGUGCUGUGUCUGUUCAUGCACGUUCCCUUUGGAGACUAGAGACGCUAAGAGUUGCGUGGAGUGGAAGUCACAUAAGGUGGGGCCAGCCAUUCCGACUGCGCCAUGUCACAACAGGAAAAUACUUGAGUCUCCUGGAAGACAAAAGCCUUCUCCUCAUGGACAAAGAGAAAGCCGAUGUCAAGUCAACAGCAUUUACUUUCCGGUCUUCCAAGGAAAAAUUGGAUGUAGGGGUGAGAAAAGAAGUCGAUGGCAUGGGAACAUCUGAAAUAAAAUAUGGUGACUCGGUGUGCUACAUACAACAUGUAGACACAGGCCUGUGGCUUACUUACCAGUCUGUGGAUGUGAAAUCGGUGAGAAUGGGAUCUGUACAACGUAAGGUAAGAUGGUGUGAAAUGAUAGUUGAGUUGGCGCGAUCGCCUGUGGACCUGCCAGCUUGGUCUCUGACUGCAUCAGCCUUGCAGAUUGAUGAGCCCCAGAGAGUUGUGUUAGCAGUUGCAAGGUCAAUGGCAAAUUUGCUCAAAAUUGUGGGCAAAGAGUCAAUUUAUUGGAUUUGUCAUACUGCGUUCUUUGUUGGUACACCUCCAUAUUUACCAGAAAGGGGCCUUGAUGCUCUCAGUAAGAAGGUGAAGUCUUCCCCGGUGGACUUACCUAUUGAGUCUGUAAGUCUAAGUCUGCAGGACCUGAUUGGCUACUUCCACCCCCCAGAUGAGCACUUGGAACACGAAGACAAGCAAAACCGAUUAAGAGCCCUAAAGAAUCGGCAGAAUCUCUUCCAGGAAGAGGGAAUGAUCAACCUCGUGCUGGAGUGCAUAGAUCGACUGCAUGUCUAUAGCAGCGCGGCACACUUUGCUGAUGUUGCUGGAAGGGAAGCUGGGGAAUCUUGGAAAUCCAUUCUGAAUUCUCUGUAUGAAUUGCUGGCGGCUCUAAUUAGAGGAAAUCGUAAAAACUGUGCUCAAUUUUCUGGCUCCCUUGAUUGGUUGAUCAGCAGAUUGGAAAGACUGGAAGCUUCUUCUGGUAUUCUCGAAGUUUUACACUGUGUGUUAGUAGAAAGUCCGGAAGCUCUAAAUAUUAUUAAGGAAGGACAUAUUAAAUCCAUUAUCUCACUUUUAGAUAAGCAUGGAAGAAAUCACAAAGUUCUGGACGUGUUGUGCUCACUCUGUGUGUGCCAUGGGGUCGCAGUCCGUUCUAACCAGCAUCUCAUCUGUGACAAUCUCCUGCCAGGAAGAGAUCUGUUAUUGCAGACACGUCUUGUGAACCACGUCAGCAGCCCACUAGGUUGCAUUGCUCGAACUGUAAGCUCACCAAACCAACAUCUGUUGAGAACUGAUGAUGUCAUCAGUUGCUGUUUAGAUCUCAGUGCCCCAAGCAUCUCAUUUCGAAUUAAUGGACAACCUGUUCAAGGAAUGUUUGAGAACUUCAACAUUGAUGGCCUCUUCUUCCCAGUUGUUAGUUUCUCUGCAGGAAUAAAGGUACGCUUUCUGCUUGGGGGGCGACAUGGAGAAUUCAAAUUCCUUCCUCCACCUGGGUAUGCUCCUUGUUAUGAAGCUGUUCUGCCAAAAGAAAAGUUGAAAGUUGAGCACAGCCGAGAGUACAAGCAAGAAAGGACUUAUACGCGAGACCUGCUGGGCCCCACAGUUUCCUUGACACAAGCCGCUUUCACGCCGAUCCCUGUGGAUACCAGCCAGAUCGUGUUGCCUCCUCACCUGGAAAGGAUAAGAGAAAAACUGGCAGAGAAUAUACAUGAACUCUGGGUUAUGAAUAAAAUUGAACUUGGCUGGCAGUAUGGUCCGGUUAGAGAUGACAAUAAGAGACAACACCCGUGCCUGGUGGAGUUCUCCAAGCUGCCUGAACAGGAACGCAAUUACAAUUUACAGAUGUCUCUUGAGACCCUGAAGACGUUGUUGGCAUUAGGAUGUCAUGUGGGUAUAUCAGAUGAACAUGCUGAAGAAAAGGUGAAAAAAAUGAAGCUACCCAAGAAUUACCAGCUGACAAGUGGAUACAAGCCUGCACCAAUGGACCUGAGCUUUAUAAAACUCACCCCGUCUCAAGAAGCAAUGGUGGACAAGUUGGCAGAAAAUGCUCACAACGUGUGGGCUCGGGAUCGAAUCCGGCAGGGCUGGACUUAUGGCAUCCAGCAGGAUGUAAAGAACAGAAGAAACCCUCGCCUUGUUCCCUACACUCUUCUGGAUGAUAGAACCAAGAAAUCAAACAAGGACAGCCUGCGCGAGGCUGUGCGCACGCUGCUGGGGUAUGGCUACCACCUGGAAGCUCCAGAUCAAGAUCAUGCUGCCAGGGCCGAAGUGUGCAGCGGUACCGGGGAGAGGUUCCGCAUCUUCCGGGCCGAGAAGACCUAUGCGGUGAGGGUGGGACGGUGGUACUUUGAGUUCGAGGCCGUCACUGCUGGAGACAUGAGGGUUGGCUGGAGCAGGCCGGGGUGUCAGCCAGAUCAGGAGCUCGGCUCGGAUGAACGUGCCUUUGCCUUUGAUGGCUUCAAGGCCCAGCGGUGGCACCAGGGCAACGAGCACUAUGGACGUGCUUGGCAAGCAGGUGAUGUGGUGGGGUGUAUGGUCGACAUGAAUGAACACACCAUGAUGUUCACACUGAACGGCGAGAUCCUGCUGGAUGAUUCAGGCUCAGAACUGGCUUUCAAGGACUUUGAUGUUGGUGAUGGUAAGUGCUCUGCACUGCAUGUUGUUUUUAAGUUUGCAGCACAAUGAUGCCAUUUGUGCUGAUGCUUCUUAACCAG